CGGAACGGGGUCGCUGACUGAUCCAUUCGCGCUCUUGGCACGAAUUCGUUUCAAACUCGGCCCGGCUUCCACUAUCGGGUGCUUUGCCAAAAAUAAAGCUGCAGUGCAGUAGUGGUCUUGCAGCGAGACUGCGGGGUCCUCUCGCAUUGUUAUGUCAGAGGGGGUCGAUACAUCACAGGGCUCGGCAGUGUCGGAGCGCCGUCCGCGAAGCGUGGACGUCCCCGCGCCGCUGCGUUUGUGUUGACGUGCCUCGCACCCGGUCUAUGUGAAUUCGGUAUAAACAAAACGGAACUUGGUGUAUUAUUGGUUUAUGACAGACAUUUCAGUUAUAAUAAAUAUCUUGGAACGCAUUUGGACCAAACACUCGCCUAUAUCAACCUCAAAGCUCCAACUGUCCGAAUGAAGUGUUACAAAGCGUCCCGCCCUGUAAUGAGGAGCUGCGUGAAGUAGAGGAAAAGUAGAAGAGAAUGGGUCGAAGGAAUGUGAGCAUGAUGCGGCUGGGGAGGUGCGUGGCCUUCCUGGCCGCGGCCGCCUUCCUGCUGCCUUUCACCAUCCUCCUGAUGGUCGCUGACCAGCAGUACAACCUCACCUAUAACUCUAAACGAGUCUUCUAUCAAGAGAGUAACUUCUAUAAAAUAAAUGGCUCGUAUUACAUGCCCGCAUACGCGGGUCCAUCGUUGUCACGGACACAGUACAUGUACGAAAACGGGACAAACGACGACGGACUCCUAACCCGAGACAAGUUCAUGGAGGUGAACGCGCGGAUGGAGGCGCGGCGGCGGUUCCUGAGGAGCGAGUGCUCGCGGCUCGGCCUCGAUAGCUCGCGCAAUAAGGCCUACGCCUGGGAGUACCUCAUCAAUCGCCAGUACCAUGUUAUUUGGUGUAACAUAUUCAAAGCUGCCUCCACGUCAUGGAUGUACAACUUCAAUCUAAUGGCGAACUACACAGCUGCUUUCUUAGACAAAACUAAAGAAGUGCCUCUAGGACUGGCCAGAAAGAAAUACGCCAGGCCAUCAGUCGAAAUGGUCAAGAAAGCCCAAGUAGACUCCAUAUCAUUCCUGAUCGUAAGGCAUCCUUUAGAAAGGCUAGCUUCGGCGUACAACGACAAAAUCGCCCACGCGUGGCCUAAGUCCUUCCACGACAAGAUGGGAUACAGGAUUAUUCUAAAGUAUAGGAAGGUAAGCUGAAAUGGAAAUUCAGCGCCGCGUUCGCCACACCCCAUGUUCGAAGAGUUCGUCUCGUACGUGCUGGACGAAGCCCGGGCGAAACGGACACUCGACAUGCACUGGACGCCGUACACGGAUUUCUGCACGCCGUGCAAGUUCGACUUCGACGUCGUGCUAAAGUUCGAGACUUUGGACGAGGACCAAAGGUACCUGAUUCAGCUAGCGCGGCUGCAAGACGUGGUGAAGCCCGAGUGGCGGAACAGCGGCAAGGGGAAGACCCAACAGAGCAUCAACCACCUUUACUCGCGGCUGCGGCGGCAGCAGCUGGUCGGCCUGUAUAACCUUUAUAAAUACGACUUUCAACUCUUCAACUACACCUUAGACAGCUAUUUCGAAAUCGUGCAACCGGACGAAUCGAGCCUACAGAUGAGUAGUGGUGAGUAA